AUGAGGGCAUCGCUCUCACGCUUGUCCGCCUUGUUUCGCAAGCAACCGUUUCCCAUACCUCCCCCAGGACCCCCUUUACCCCCAGGCAUCCUGGUCGACGAAGAGAUCUCACCAUUCUACGACUCCAGAUACUUCUACCCAGUCAGACCUGGAGAGGUGUUUGCCGCUCGCUACCAGACUCUGGUCAAAGUAGGCUGGGGCGUUUCAUCCACAGUAUGGCUCGCGCGUGAUUUGCAAGGACAAGAUAAGGAUGUAGAGACAGUCGUUGCGCUCAAGAUCACAAAUAAUAAUGCAAGCCUUGCUAGCCACGAGCGCGAGGUUGAAGAGCAUAUUUCAAGCGUGGACCCAACGCACCGCGGUCGGUCGGUUAUCAGAACAUUACUACACUCUUUCCAUGUUCAGGGCCCGGGGGGCUCUCACCUCUGUCUUGCCUAUCCGCCCAUGAGAGAGCCGUUGGCCGUGUAUCAACGGCGAUUCGAUGGUGGAAAGAUGCCACUUCCCCUUGCUAAAACAUAUAUUCGAGCGCUUCUUGCAGGGCUUGAUUACCUUCACAAAGAGUGCCGCACUGUUCACACCGAUCUGAAGCUUGAAAAUAUCAUGGUCUCUUUCGAGGAUCCAACCGUGCUCAGUGACUUUAUCGACUCACAGCUUGCCUGUCCAAUGGCAUAUAAGACCGAUUCGACUGGUAGGCAUAUAUAUCAAUGCCGUAACGACUUCGGGCCACUUCGGAGCCUAAGCAGUAUACCGCAACUUGUUGAUUUCGGUCUCGCAACUGUCCUCCCGGAGGAAGAUGACUGGGGCGUCUGGCCAAUUCAGCCAGACCACUAUCGCGCCCCGGAUGUGAUUCUGGGAACUGGGUGGCAGAUGUCUGCGGAUAUUUGGAAUCUCGGCGUUAUGAUGUGGGAUAUGAUCGAAGGCAAGGAACUAUUCCAGCAUAUACACGAUCAGCAAGGCCGCUACGAUGCUAAACUUCAUCUUGCUGAGAUGAUAGCCCUACUUGGUCCACCCCCUCCAGAGAUUAUACAGAGGCAUCAUGACAUGCGAGGUUACGUCUGGCCGGGACCUGUCAGACGGGAAGACGGUAAGGUCUGCAAGAUCGCGGAGGAGUACUUCGGCGGGCCGUUCUUCGACGACAAACGUCGGUUUCUCUAUCAAGACCUGAUCCCAGACCGGAAGCUGGCAGAUACCGUCUCCUCUCUUGAAGACCACGACAAGGAAGCCUUUCUGGAUCUCGCCAGAGGAAUGCUCGACUGGCAUAUGAAUAAGAGGAGAUCGGCAGCCGAAUUGGCUGAGCACCCUUUUCUACAACCGGAGCAAUAG